AUGCGAGGGCGCGACCUCCGGACGCUGGGCGACCGCGGCCACAGGCCGUCGGCGGGUCUGGGGGAAACACAGAAGGGGGCGGGGAAGGCACGCACCACGGGCAGCGGCGGCCGGUCGCCACCCUCCGAAGUUCGCCGCCGCACCUCCGCGCGGGCCGGCCGGACACCGCCCCUCGGGGGAGGAGAGAGGGGCUGCCCCACCCCGCCGGCCCGCCCGGCCCCGCGCCCCGCCACCUGCCGGCCCGCGGGGCGCCCACCUCCGCCCACUCCCGGGGCGCGGCGCGGAGCUCCCAGCCGGCUCCCGGCUGAGGCGGGAAGCGCCCGGCCCAGUGCCCGGCCGCCGCUGGCGCCCGGCAGCCCCUUACCCGGGAGGAGCGGGGGAACGCGGCGUGGGGCUGGGAGAGGCGCCCAGGGCUUCAAAUCAGUGCUGCUUCGGGCUGAGAACAGCUGGACUGCAAACCACAUAACCUGGAGCUCCCUGAAGAGCCACUCACCUCUUUGUCUUUGCGGCCGGCCGAUGCUCUGUGUGAAUAGUUGUCAAAUAGCACACAGGCAGGAUGGAUGUCAUCAGGCUGCCCUGGAGGACUUAUAUUCCAGCAGAGGAGGUACAGGAGAGACAGACCCCAAACAAGCAGUGAGCUGUGUACUGCGUGCCAGACGGCGGGGAAGAAGCGCGGGAGUGAAUCUAGGAGCUUCCAAAUGUGGCUGCGAUCUGCCAGACCCAGGUGCAAAGGGAAGAGGACGCCUGCGGAGGCGAGCGCCAGGCACAAGCAGAGGCGUGCGUGAGGCGGCGGCGCGCGGGUGCGAGCACGCAGGGGGCCGUUCCGCAUCUGGGAGCUGCGUCUGGGAGCUGCCAGCACCGCUCUCCCCUCUCCUGCCUUCAUCCCCCGCAGAGGCCUCGGCGACAUCCUAGCCUAUUAGCCCCGGGAUUCUCUGGCUCGACAAGGAGAGGCCGACUAAAAGCCUACCAGGGCAGUUACAGGUCUGAGAUUCCAUGAUGUUCACUAAAUCUUUUAUUAAAUUUCAUGAAUGACAAAAUGCUUUAUUAAACAUUUUUGUCAUUAUGA